AUGACUCGUUUUUCAGCGUUUCUUCUUCUUCUUCUUCAUUUUCUGUUUGCGUUGUGUAGCUCAGGAGCAAAAGUUGUGACUAUUGAUGUACAAACAGCCAAGAAUCUCAUCCAGACAGGUCACGUUUAUCUUGAUGUUAGGACGGUGGAAGAGUUUGUGAAAGGACACGUGGAUACAGCUAAGAUCGUUAAUAUUCCAUACAUGGUGGAUACAUCUAAGGAUCGACCAGGCAGGGUGAAGAAUCCAGAUUUUCUAAAGGAGGUUUCAUCUGCUUUCAACAAAGAAGAUCAUGUCGUUGUGGGUUGUCAAAGUGGGGUGAGAUCUCUAUAUGCAACUUCUGAUCUUCUAGCUGAUGGUUUUAAGAAUGUGAAGGACGUCGGAGGAGGUUAUAUGGAUUGGGUUAGAAACAAAUUUCCAGUGAAUAUAGCAGUAGCCAAAGAAGAGCUAUAA